AACACCUCCGUCUACGUCACCGGCCUGCCCGACGACGCGGAGGUUGACGAGGUCAAGGAGGUCUUCUCCAAGUGCGGCGUCAUCAAGCUCGACGCGGAUACCGCGGCGCCGCGGAUCAAGCUCUACAGGCACAAAGAGACGGGGGAGCUCAAGGGGGACGGGUUGGUGACCUACCUGAAGGAGCCGAGCGUCCAGCUCGCGUGCACAAUCCUGGACGGAGCGCCGUUCAGGCACACCAUGGGAACCAACAUGACGGUGACCCCGGCAAAGUUUGAGAUGAAAGGGGACUUCGUGGCGAAGAAGCGGAGCGGCGGUAAGAAGCGCAAGGCGGCCGUGAUCGCCAAGCAGGAGGCUGAGCUCGGGUGGGGGGGCUUCGACGACACCAAGGACAGGAAGAAGACGACGGUGAUAAUCAAGCACAUGUUCACGCUGGACGAGAUGUUCUCGGAUCCGAACUUUAGGGUGGAGCUCGAGGAGGACGUCGAGGCGGAGUGCGGGAAAUUCGGCGCGGUGGACAAGGUGAAGGUGUUCACGACCAAUCCGGAGGGUGUGGUCAGCGUCCGUUUCAAGGACGGAGGCGACGCGCAAAAGUGCGUCACCGCGAUGAAGGGAAGGUGGUUCGGGGGCAGACAGCUGGAGGCGUCGCUCUGGGACGGCUUCACCAACUUUGCGAAAGCCGGGCUGGAGUCCACGGAGGAGGACGAGGCCAAACGUCUGAAGGCGUUUGGGGAUGA